AGUUACUUUCCACCGAUCGGUGAUCGCUCUUAGCCAACUGCGUCACACAAUGACGUCAUUGCAAACAUUGCGUAGUGUGGCAAUGACGCACCUCUGUGUAGCCUCGGGAAUGACGUCACAUGUUUGUGUGUCUCGUGUCUUGUGUCAGCCUCACAGCACGGGGAGGACUGUGUGCCACACGACUGUCUGCUGACAGUGACAGGACUACUUGUGCCAUGAAUAAAUCACGGGAGGGCUAUCAAUAUGAACAAGAACAAGACGAACUGACCACCUUCGCCAACCUGCUGCUGGUCGUGAACUUUGCUCUUGGACUUGCAGCCAUUGCUGCCAACGCCUUUGUCAUCGACACCAUUAAAUCCAGAAGCGAGCUGGCGGUCAGUGGAGACAUGUUUGUGUUGUGUCUUGCCAUCACUGACCUCCUGACUGGCUGCAUCCUGACCUUAACCGUCGGCAACAUCUUUGUGGAGAAGCACACCAAGACCAUGUGCUUACUGCAGAUAUGCUCGCUGCAGUCCACGCUGCUGUGCUCGGCGUUCAUCCUGUCAGCCCUGACGACGGACCGUUACCUCAAGAUCGUGCAUCCCUUCAAGCACGAGCGCAUCUGCAACGACUGGCAGCCGCACUGGGUGUGUUGCAGCCUGGCAGUCUCCUCCUGCGUCAUCGGCUUCCUCCCCUUCACUGGCACUGGUCACACGGCGGAUGCCAACUUCAUGAUGUGCAGUUAUCUCCAGGUGUUAGAGGCAGGCUUUCAAGCUGCUCUGUUUGUGUUGAUGGUGGCCUCAGUCUUCCUCUCUGUGGUGCUGUACUUCUGGAUCCUCCGCCUGGCCAUGAACCACGCAGUCGCCAUAGCCAGGACCACUCGCUUCUUGUCGGAGAACAUCAACCGCAUUCAGCUGCGCUACAUCCGGGUGCUGUUUGUCAUGGCGGGGAUGUACCUCGCUCUCUACAUCCCUGCAGUGGUGGGGACUAUCGUGUUGCGCAACAUACACACGACGAUGAAGGAGACAACCAGGAGCUCUCUCUUCCAUCUGUGCAGUAUAGGGAUGUGGAGCAACUGCUUGAUCAACCCGCUGAUUUAUGCCAGUAAGGUGGCCACAGUCAAGGCAAGACUUCGUUUGCUGUUUGGGUGGCGAAGACUGUCUGCAGACCAGGAGCUGCCCAGUCGCAAGACGGUGACAUCAAUUGCUUCUAAGGGAAUUCUAGAGAGGACCCUACGCUACUGCACCAAAUUCAUGUCCGUCAAAGUCACAGCCAGCAACACGGGGGGGCAGACUGAUGACGACACCCGCUACCCCAGCCACGACAGUGCAGGGAGAGACAGCAGGGUGGAGGGCAGUGGUCAGCCCGGCGACAUUUCCACCAGUGUGAGGAUCAAGUCCAAAGGUGUCAAUCAAAGUGGAAGAGAUGUCAGGGUCAGUGGGGAGGGGAGUGAAAACAGCGGGGUCAGGGUCAUUCGACCGGAGGAUAGUAGUGUCAAGGUCACUAGAACGGAUGACAAUGGGGAGGACGGCUCGCGGUCCCAAGACUCUGCUCACGUCAGGUCGAACAAGUCUUUUACAAACAGAAAGCAGGUCAAAUAAAGAUAGAGAACACACAUACACAAGUUACUGACGAUUUGUACAUAAAUACAUACACACCUUUGUCUUCA